AAUUUAGGUAUAAUUUACCUCGUCGUACCGUCCCACAGUGGCUUUUCUCCAUAAUAGUAUGCUUUCCUAAAUUUCUAUGCUGUGUUCUCAACUGCUCACUGAACAUAGUUGAUUCGUGUCCCGUCAGUAAAUUAUGCGUUUAAUUAACUAAUUGAUAAUAAUGGAUGCGAUAAAUAUAAAAGCGCUCACCUCUGAGAACGUUCUGAAUUUUUUGAGAUCUUUCGACACCGUGUUGACCGAUUGCGACGAUAUCUUUUUUAGGAGUGCUAUGGAUGCAUAUGACACCUUUGCCGAAUUCAUCAGACGUGAUAAAUCUGUUUCGCAAGCUUGGCAAGCAAGUCUUCUAUAUCACCAACAACAGUACGAAAACGCGCGAUGAUCUAGUGGAGAAGUGUAAGGCUCUGAAAUUUGAGGCGAGUAAGGACGAUAUCUUGUGCACUGCUAAUCUAUCAGCGUGUUAUCUACAAAGUCUAGGCUUUUCCAAAAAGACCUAUGUUAUAGGUUCCGAAGCAAUCGCAAGAGAAUUAGAACAAGUUGGUAUCUCAUAUUAUGGGAUAGGACCAGAUGUAAUUAAUCCAAAUAGUCCAUAUUCUGUUUUUGAGAAAGAUCCAGAAGUAGCUGCUGUUAUAGUUGGUUUUGAUGAGCAUUUCAGUUAUCCUAAAAUGAUAAAAGCAGCCACCUAUUUAAAUGAUGCUAGUGUACAUUUUAUUGGUACCAAUACGGAUGAAAGAUUUCCAGUCUCAAAUGAUGUUGUUAUACCUGGUACAGGAAGUCUAGUUAGAUGCAUAGAAAGCUGUUCAGAAAGAAAAGCAGUAAUCAUGGGUAAACCAGAAAAAUAUAUGUGUAAAAUGUUGAUGAAACGAUCUAAUAUUAAUCCUCAGCGCACUUUAAUGAUUGGAGAUCGUUGUAAUACUGACAUACUUUUUGGAACCCGUUGCGGUUUUCUAACGUUAUUAGUCCUGACGGGAGUGACUGCUUUGCCGGACGUUGAAAAGUGGAAGCAAUCUGAACACCAAGAAGAACGGGAUCUUAUACCUAAUUAUUAUAUAGAUGCACUCGGCGAUUUAUUACCAUACUUGAAGGAAUUGGAAUCUGAAAUAUCUUAACUUUAUGAGAUUUAGUCACAAAUUGAAAGAAAAAUAUGUACAUCAAUAGUACAUAUUCAUAGUCAAAAUCGAGUGAUAAUAUAAUUUUUUAGAAAGAGUAUGCUUGUACAUAUGCCAAAAACCAUGUACAUAAAUAUGUAUGUGUGUAUAAAAUUAUCCAAUAAGUAUGACAAAACAUUUUAAAUAUUUCUAUUGAUUAUGUAUAAGUCAUUGAGAACUUACUCUUCUGUAUAAAAAAAUUAACAAUAUUAUAAAUUAAAAAUAUAUAUAUCGUGUACUUUAUUAUGUUUUAUUUCCAAUAAAAAUAUUUUCAUUUUGAGAGAAUAAAAGAUUAAUAAAAUGCGAUUAUUAAGAUGAAAAUAAGCGGGAAAUUUGCAUAUUUUGAGUACGAAUGGAGGUGUGAAACGAACACAAGUAAAUAUUUCAGUUUAAAUUUUCCAACUCCAUAUUUAUUUUGGCAAUGUGCCUAUUAUAUGAAAAAGUACACCUUUUUUUCCUCAAAAAGAAUGAUAUACGUUUCGGAUGAGGCUGUAAGAAAUAAUGUAUGAAAGAGAGAGAGAGAGAGAGAGAGAGAAAGGAAAGCAAAUUGGCAGGAUGUAUACAAAAAGAUCGUGAGAAUACAAUAUAUUAUUUAAAUAUGUAUGAUAAUGAUAAACUUAAUGGUAGAUAGCGAAAGAGAAAAAGAGAGAUACAGAGAGAUAUUCGUAAUCCUUACUUAUAUAGAUUUUAUAAAACUCAUAACAAUGAAAUAUAUUUAACAUGUUAUAUCAUUAUGAUACACAAGAAGCGCGAUAUGUGUAUUCAUUUUAUGUAUUUAUGCUUUUUUUACCUUCAUAUAUGUAUAUCUGUUUGUGUUUGUAUAUAUUUUAUACUUUCUAAGUUUAUCAGAGUCUUCCGAUUCUCUUCCUUCUGCGAAGAAGAGAGUUAGAGAUGCAUGCCUAUAUCUUACAUAGACACAUCAAAAUAUUGAUUUCAAAGAGUUUGAAUCGUAAAAUUUUUUAACAGCUAAUCGUUAAACGGCUUCGAUGCGUAGGUAUUAAUAGCAAGAUAGCGUAACAUUCAUCGCCAACAUACGUAACGAUCAUAAUGGGUAAUAUUAAAGACCCGUAUCUUUUCAUCAUGCUGAUACAAUAAUCGGCAAGGACCUUCGUCAAUCGUCUUGGUGUAUUACACAUUCUCUCCAUUUUUUUUUUCAUUUCGAUAUUGAAAUUUGCUGUGAAUCACAGUUUAAUCACGAUAUGUGGAAAUGAUAUAAUUCUCUUUUUAAGUUACUUCUUAACUUAUACAUCGCUUGAAGGAUCGGUAAAUAAAAUAUGAAUAAUUUAACUUCUUAUACACCUUUUCAAACGCGCACUAGUGGGGAAAAGUUUAAAUGUGAUAAUACCGCUGUUAAAACAAUCUUAUUGGACACAUAUAUGUAACAUUUUUAAAUACUUUCUGCAUAUUUUUUUAUGCUGUAUAUAAUAAUGUGUUGUCAGAAUUUCUCACUUUUAUUUUUUGUAUGAUAGAAAAAAAGAGAAAGCGAGAGAGAGAGAGACAGAAAAAGAG